AUGGCGAAUAACCAAGGAGAGGCCACAUCCGACGACUUCCUAGAGCAAAUCCUUGGGUACCCGGCCUACACGGGUGGAGCCGAGACUAACAUGGCGGGAAACGACGCAGCUGCUAGCUUGGGAGCCGCGCCGGCUCCGAUGAUGCUUCAGCUGAGAUCAGGAGAUUGCUCGGGUCACCUUCGAGGCAUGGGCGUUGGACUCGGUGUUGGAAUCGGCAGCGCGUAUGGUGGAGGUGCGGGUGGUGGCGGCGUCGGCUUUCCGCUAGGGUUGAGCUUGGAGCAAGGGAAGGGAGGGUUUAUGAAAAUGGACGAUGCCUCGGGGAGUGGAAAGAGGUUCCUUGACGACGUCGUUGAUUCCCGAGCUGCCUCUUCUGUCAAAGCGCCACAGGGGCUGCGUGGGCAGCCUAUGCCUAGUAUGGCUCCUGCAAUGCCGCAUUCACCUGCAAUUCGCCCAAGGGUGCGGGCUAGACGAGGGCAAGCUACAGAUCCACACAGCAUAGCUGAGAGGUUGCGCAGAGAAAGAAUUGCAGAAAGAAUAAGAGCAUUGCAAGAGUUGGUUCCCAGUGUCAACAAGACUGAUAGGGCAGCGAUGCUUGAUGAAAUUGUGGAUUAUGUGAAGUUCCUGAGACUCCAGGUGAAGGUGUUGAGCAUGAGUAGAUUAGGAGGAGCUGGUGCAGUGGCACCGCUUGUUACUGAAAUCCCGAUAACUUCAGUAGAGGUGGAAGGUGGUGAAAACGAAACAGCCCAGCCAGCCUGGGAGAAGUGGUCGAACGAUGGUACAGAACGACAGGUCGCUAAGCUCAUGGAAGAGAAUGUCGGGGCCGCCUUGCAGUUUCUUCAAUCCAAGGCACUCUGUAUAAUGCCCAUCUCUCUCGCCUCUGUGAUCUACCGCACGCAACCUCCCGACACCUCCCACUCUUGA